UCGCCGUGGUCGUACGAGUCAGUAGUGCACGGUCGGUCGCGCGGUACAUACGUCCAGUGAAUUUUGUGCUGUGGAAACACGCGAGUAAAAAAAAAAAAGAACGAGUAAAAAAACAACCGCACGCAAGUCAGUUAAACAGCACGCGCGACACUACUUUCUACCUUUUCUUUCUCACUUACUCUCUCGUCUGUGUGUGCACGAGAGAUUCUUGGUUCUGAAGGACACAGACAAGGAGGAAUUUUUCGGUUCGUUUGCGCGACUCCGUGUUUGAUUCGUCAACGAGAAAAAUUCUGGGUGACGACUCAUUCGUGGCGGUGCAAUAGACACAUAACUAGAGGCGGGUUGGAACAUGAAAACACCUAUGGAGAAUCAGCUGUCGUGGCUCGCGCUGUUCAUGACUGCCUUCUAUUCCUUGCUCGCUAGCUGCCGCGGGGAAGAGUGCGGACCCGACGAGCUGGUGAGGUGCGCCAGGCCCCUCGAGAGGAUCAACUCCAACGACCUAAGUCUCGUCAUGAACAAGGAGGAUAUCGACAAACUAUGCCCCGACCUCGAGGCUGGUAUGGGAUGCAUCAAAAGGUACACGAUCCAAUGCAUGAAGGAGGAACAGAGGCAGCGUUUCAACGCGCUCUACGCCGGCACCAACAUGGCUAUCAUGGAGCUUUGCCAAGACGGCCCGUACCAGGAUGAAUUCUUGAAGCACGCACCAUGCAUGCAAAAAGUCAAAGACGAGUACGAGAUGUGCUACAAAAUGUAUCAAAAGACCAUACAAGAAAUGGAAAGAGCGACCAAUCAGACGCGCGAACAACAAACCAAGUCCGUCAAGUCCGUUUGCUGCGCCUUCAAGGAAUACUUGGAUUGCUCUCAUCAUACAGUACGCCGCCGGUGUGGCGAUGAUACGGCGCAAUUCACGAAGGAGUUCCUCGAUAGAAUGUCAAGCUCGCUGAUGAACGCGCACUGCACCUACACGCACGAAGAAUGCAUCGCGUACAGCGGUAGCUCGAUGCCAAAUCUUUCCGCUAUUAUGCCAAUGACGCUUAUUCUCCUUAUGAGGUACUUCACAUAAUUGGCCCCGGUCGAGAUCAUUUUUAUCUUCGACAGAGAGAGAAAAGGAAUGCGAAAGAGGGUGAGGGGAGACAGUGAAAAGGAAUCAAGGAAGAAGAAUGGCGAGACGAGAAGGAUGCUGAAGUCAUUGGGGCAUGGGGGAAAGAGGAGAAAAGCCAUUCAGCCCUUAUUGUUCUUUGCUUCAGAGAGAAUAUCUAUUCCUUAUUUUCGAAGUGCUCGAAAAGAGGCUGAAGAGUGGAGACAGAGAGGGCCGAAGAAGGGAAAAACGUCGGUGAAGAGGGAAGAUCCAAGGACGGGAGAUGACGAGAAACACACGGGAGAUAAGUACGGCAUUCUUUUCUUGACAAAGAAAAUAUAUUUUUUAUUUGCGUGAGAGAUGGUGCGGGAGAUCACGUUAAUUAUGAUUACGGAAGCGAGUAACAGCGGGGUAUCAGUAUUAAUAGAAACGCAGAGACGAAGAAGCACCGGCAAAGCACCGAAAGAACGGAAGACGAUCGCGGAAGAAGAGUUUAACAACGUUUCUUUUUUAUGCACGUCGUAGUAAUAUUGCACGAGAUAAAGUUGAUCGCGACGCGAUGUGCUGAAGAGUCGUUUCGAUCGAUCGAACGCCCGCGCGAUCUGUCAUUCCGUACGCAAGACUGACUCGAUUUUUUGCGCGAUGCGUCGCCAGAUAAGAAUGAAAUAAAAAUACUCGUUAUUAACCAGCGAGAUACUUCGCGAGCAUCGUUUUCCAAGAUCGUGUCUACCUGGCGCGUACCUAUUCCGAGGAUACGCGAGAUAGCGGGAUUCGACACGUUCGAGAAAACGGCGGCGAAGAGUAGAGAUUUAUAGCGAAGCGAAAGGAGGCAAACGUGUCUUUCCGGCACGUUUCCGCCUCGAUUUCGGGAAAAGAGCUCGCUCGUGCGGAACGAACGAACUAUCGUCGCCCUGAAAUCAAUUUCGUCGAAUAAUCGCGAUCUAUCGAUUCGCAAGAAUACCGUGCGAGAGAUCGGCGGGGAAGAGUCUGAGUGGGGCAAAGAAUUUUUGCUCAAAGAAGACGGCGAAUAGGUAAAAUCACAGUACGUUCCUUUGCGCGGGAGAACGGGCGUGUUUCGUUAGAGAAUGUGAUGUUCUCUCUCGAGAAUCCAAUCGCUCGCGUCGAUUCGACGAAAGUUAAAGAGAGACAUUUAAAAUUGACGCGCGUUAUCAUGACUCGUCCAAGUUCUCGUGAAAGUCUUUGAGAGAAAAGGAGAGAAAGAGAGAGAGAGAGAGGAGAGACCGUCGUAACUAUUCGAAAUAGCAGCGAGCCAAUAGGUUCGAGCUAGGUAUGUCAAACUAAUUUUCCCUCCAAGGAUUAUACGAGCGCUUUCGUACUACAUCGGGGGCCAUGUAUUUUCAAUAUUUUCGAAAUAAGUGAGAUCGGAAAGUUUGAAGAGCGGUUUUUAAUUCCGAAGCUUUAUGAAAAAAAGAGUUUUUAAAAAAUUCUCGUUAGCAUGCAUAUCAAAUUAGGAAAAAUUUUACUUAAUUAAAAAUAAUUGAGACAACUUUAGAAAAUUAUGAAAAAUAUUAUUGUCUUUGCUGCAAAUUUCACGGAACUAAAUAAUACGUCUAAAUAAUGUGCGAUGAGUGCUUGCGGAACGCUGUUCGCAGAAACGAAACAAACAAAGUUUGGGGAGAUUGCAAGGCCACUUUGCGGGCCACUUGCUGCGCGUUUGACGUGUUUGUUUGGCAUGCUUGUUUGUACAAAUUCAACAUGUCAGACGAGAUCCUAGCUAGAACCGAAUAUGGAUGAGUCUAUAUUUUUCUGGGAUCUGACGUAGUUGUAUGUGUUAUCUAUAGAAACACACACAAACACAUACGAUUGCGAUUGUACUCGCUGCACAAAAAAGAUAGUAUUAGCACUUGCAUUGUCGUGUCUUAAUUAUAAAUUACAAAGUAGCGGAAAAAGUAUGGUUGUGUGUGUGGUAAGAGACAGAGAGAACGCGUGUGUGCGUGUGUACGUGAAAAAUGCGUUAUCAUAUUUUCACAUCGAAUCGAUUUUCAUCGUGUGUAUCAUUAAGGCAUUACGCGAUCCUCGAUAUGGCCGGAGUAUCGAUUUUUCGACAUAUGUAUAUUGCGUUAUGUAUUUAGGCAAAUUUAGUUAAACAUUUUAUUUAUUCGAAACACAUUGCGAGAGGCAUUUAUCAUUGAAAUAUCGUAAAUGCUGUAGGCUAGGUGCAACGGGCUAAAAAAUAACGUUUGUAUGGCUUUUAAUAUCAUUACUCGAGAGUAAUCAUUUUGUAACAAGAAGAUAAUUCGAUCACACUGGAAAAUUUUUAUGACAUGUUCACGAUAUGUCAUAAACAAUUAAUCGCAACCAAUUGUUUGGCUCAUGAGUUAUUAUAAAAUCCAUAUGAGAAAGUCACGGCAUUUAAUCAAACAUGUUCCAUUCAUGCAAUUAUCGAUGUUUCUCUAUUAUUCCUGAGCGCCACGCACCAUUCGGAAUAUAAUGCAGAUUAAUAAUCUAGAAAUUAAAUUCCGUUCAACAGGAGGGGGGGAGGGGGAGGUAUACGUUUGCGAUAACCCCGCUCGUAUACGAGUAUAAUGCUCGAUAUCGACAUCAUUUGCAAUUUAUCAUUUUCUCAAAUUCGCGCUUUUAACGGCAUGUUAAACGUGUCGAGUAAACACAGCGAAUUUUCAGUAAAGCGAAUAACUUCUUUUAGGCUCUCGAGAAUCAUGUAAUCGCAUCUUUUCAUUGAGAAGUGACUGUGGUAUGUCUGUAAGCGAACGGAAAUAUUUAUUUGUAAUAUAGUUAAUAAAGGAGGCAUUUUUUGUAAAUAUUGUCGAGCUGUCGAGCUUAAGAGAGUGUAAGAUAACUUAAACACAUUCGCAAUAAAGUCCAUUAUUUUUCUUUAAAAAAAAAAGAGAGAAGCUUUAUAUUCGUCUCGUUAAUCCCAAUAUCGUCACGACACGCUCCCCGAAGCGCAACGCGUGAGUAAUAAACGGCACGCUGUUGUGUACAGCAUGCGAAUACGCGUGCGUCAGAGGUCUUCUGUCAGAGGCCCGUAAAGUAAUAAGUUCCCUUCGACCCUUUACCGGUCCUGGUGAUGCGGUGUUCCACCAGGGACGAUACAUCCAAAUAGACACAUCAGUAUCAUAAGCCGUCGAGUUCACGAUGCAAUAGCGUAUAUGCAUCGAUAAAUGAUGGAUUAUCGGUGAAUGAUUACUGUAUUCUCGGCUAAAUCUUUUUUUAUCAUCAUAUCAAAUAAAUUAUUAUAUUCUAAGUA